UUUACCUGAGAGCUGUCAGAACAACCCAAGAUGUUGUCAUUUAUGUGUGGAUUUCUUUUGUUGAACACCGGCUUUGUGGCGUCUUCGUAUAACACAUUUUUGAAGAAGUUUGAUAUUCAACCGUUGGUGGAACAAGCCGAUGAAGACGAUGUUUGUACGUGGAGCGAUCACAGCAAUUUUCUCGAAUGCUCAUAUCCUACCGAUUGUACAGUAAUACAGAAAUGCAACCACACAAAGAGCGGCGUGUACCGAGUGUUUCCGUUCGGAGUGGGAAAAGGCUUCCUUGUGUACUGCGACAUGGUGACGCAGGGCGGUGGGUGGCUGGUGUUCCAAAGACGACAAGACGGCUCUGUUGACUUCUUUCGUAAUUGGCAGAACUAUAAAGAAGGCUUUGGUCACCUUUACGGGGAGUUCUGGUUGGGCCUGCACAAGAUUCACCUCCUGACCUCUCAGGCGCACUUUGAACUCCUCGUGAAUAUGAGAAGUUAUACUCUGGGAACGGGUCACGCUUCCUACAGCAGAUUCCGUGUGGCAAACGAGCCUCACAACUUCCGACUUUUACUGGGUGCAUUCAAGGGGAAUGCCGGUGACUCCUUGGCUCUGCACAACGGCUUGGAGUUUUCCACAUAUGACCGAGAUAACGACUUUCACAAGAUGAACUGUGCUGCAUCAUGUCACGGGGCCUGGUGGUACAAUAGUUGCCAUCGCAGUAAUCUGAAUGGGCUCUAUGUUCAUGUGAAGGAGAAGUCCACAGUAAAUACUUCGUCAGUCACGUGGUACGAAUGGUCGUCUAAACAUCUCCCUCUUCAGUUCAGUGAGAUGAAGAUACGCCCGGUGAAAAUCCACUAAAUAGACGAUACUCGUGAUUGUUUAUAAAUUAUGGACGAAGAUAGAUCAAAAGUUCGUGGUAAUUGUUCAUUUUAAACUUUAACCUGAUCUUUCUUUUUUUUGUUCCUGUUUUUAACCUUUUCAAAUGAUUUUAAAGCCAAAAAUGUCCAAUAGCUGUAAAUGACUUAUGUUAUAUUUUAUCAUAUUAGUAGGAUGAAACUCGGACUAAAGAAAUAUAACAUGCCGUAAGGAUAAUCCCAAUAUGCCCAAUGUCAAGGGAGAAAACACAAAAAUGAUAACUUUUUAGAAGGAACUAUUUACAAAACAUUAGUCUGUACUGGAGAUACACUCGUAAUUGUAGAUUUUUGAAACAUAAUAAAGGAGG